UCGGGCGUCGCUCUUCCCGUUUAGUCGAGUCCACUCGACAACAGCCGAGUUGUCUUUGAGCGGAACUCCUUGCAGGAUGGCUUCAAACAUCUCCAACUUUGUCACCAAGACCCUGUGCGACCACCAGGGGAGUUUGGACUUCAAGCGGCUGGAGGAGGAGAUCGGAAAGUAUGUCACUGUCUCGGACGCGGUCCUGCGGCGCGUCCUGUUCGACGACGCUAAGGUAGCCAUCCAGGGAGGCCGGCAGGAGGCCGCCGGGGGAGCACUGCUCAGCCCGGACAGUCUGCUGGUGGCGAAGACCAGCCUGCGGGUCUGCCAGAAGAAACCCGGAGAGUGUGCGCAGUGCGACGGGUUACACCUGUGCAGGCAUUACGUGUGCGGAGUCUGCACUUUCGGAUCCAAGUGUAAAAAGACCCAUAGUCUUUCUCAUCCACACAACGCAGGGAUUUUAAAACAACAUGGGCUUCACGAUUUGACCGAGAAACAGCUGUUCCAGCUGCUACUGCAGAAUGAUCCUUCUCUGCUUCCUGAGGUCUGCCAACAUUACAACAAGGGAAAUGGUCAGCACGGCUCCUGCAAGUUCCCCGACUCGUGCACCAAGCUUCACGUCUGCCAUCACCAUUUCCAUGGUGACUGCAAGUUUGGCCCGUCAUGUAAGAGAUCCCACAGUGUUGACGCGCAAGAAGAAAAGGUUCUCCGAGGAAUCAGUCAGGAGAACAUUAAAAACCUUCUUGAGAUCUACAGAAAUAAAUUCAUCAUCCUGGGUCAACAUGAGAGACCAGCUGUUCCCGGUAAAGUGCUGCCAGAGGUGAGAUCCCCGACUCAGCAGCUUUGCCCAAAAACACCUGGAUCUGCAACUGGUCCCCCUUUCCCAGCUAAACCCAUAAGCGACGCUGACCGGAAUGAAAUCUGCCUCUUCUUCAUUCGCAGACACUGCAGCUUCAACGAUAGGUGUGCCCGUGUCCAUUGGCACCUGCCUUUCAGAUGGCAGGUGUUGGACGGUGAUGGUGUGACCUGGAAAGACCUUCCCAAGAUGGAAGACAUUGAGAAAGCCUACUGCGAGCCGGGGAAUGACACAAGCUCCACUGAUCCGCUAUCGGCCACCAUGGCGGUGCUCAGAGACUUGUCUUUUCGAAGGUGCAGUUCUGAAUCCCCCCCCUGCGUUGACUUCAUGACAAUGACACAUGGAGGGUCUCCGGUGCGUCGCCUGUCCACUGUCUCCUCGAUCUCGAAGCCCCCUCACUUCAUUCUUACGACACAGUGGCUAUGGUACUGGAAGGAUGACAGCGGGAUAUGGCUGGAGUUUGGACAGAGUGAUGACGGCGUACCAGCCUCUGUCACUUCCCAAACUCUGGAGAACGUGUACCUGGCCGACAGAGACACAGAGAUUCCUUUUGCCGCUGGCAAGCAGCAGUACGUCCUCGACCUAAAGGGUGCAGCGGGAACACAGCAGAUGUUUCAGAUGAAUGUAAAAUACAAGACCAAGCGAGAGGUCAGAAGGAGGCCCCGCUUCGUGUCUUCUCAGGAUGUGGAGGUGAAGCUGAGCAGUGCAUCGACACACGGGGCCAGUUCCUCCACAGCGGAAAGUUUCCCAUCCCACUGGGACACAACUGCUCUACCGGAUUUUGGAUACAAGCUCGUACCUCUCCCUACAUCGGCGAUUGAGUACAAAAGGAUUGAGAAGCUGUUUAAGCUCACCAUGCCCAAGAGUAGACUGAACAGCAUCCAGAGGGUCCAGAACCCCUCUCUGUGGAAAGUCUUCCAGUGGCAGAAAGAGCAGAUGAAGGAGAGGAACGGAGCGACGUCUGGGAAUGAGGACUACUUGUUCCACGGGACAGACGAGUCCCUGAUUGAGGCCAUCUGUGAGCAGAACUUUGACUGGAGGAUGUGUGGAGUCCAUGGCACGUUAUAUGGCAAAGGGAGUUACUUUGCCAGAGACGCUUCCUACUCGGACAGAUACGCCGCGUCCAAAUCCCUGAACAAGAUCAUGUUUGUGGCUCUGGUCCUGGUGGGGGAGUUCACCGAGGGGAUCAGCAGCGAUGUCCGGCCCCCCCCAAAAGGAAACGGCAAAACCCUCUACGACAGUUGUGUGGACAGCGAGAGCAACCCCAGCAUCUAUGUUGUCUUUGAGAAACUACAGAUCUAUCCAGAGUAUCUCAUCGACUACUCAUGAGUUACAAUGCUGAUUGUCAAACUUAUUAUGGGAUGCACUUCACUUUGACUGGGAUUAGUGGGUUUUGUUUCUUUAGUUCAAGGACAAGUAGUCAUUUUAUUGACUGAUAAUGUUAUGUUAUUCUCUGAAGACUAGACGUGUAGAGGGGGUUACUUUGUGUGAUUGUUAGUGUCUUGAUGAAUUUGUGAAAUUAUGCUUUUCCUUGACCAAACCUUUGCUGCAGGUCAUUAAUGAAGUAAAUAAUAGUUAAUGAGGGGCACAUAUAAUCUGGUGUUCAGAUUUGGAAUGAACUGGUUGUAAUAUGUAUAUUACAGUGUAUUACACUACUUGUUGAAUAUUAGCUGAGCAAAAUCACAGAUUAAAUUUUUCCAUCUGCCCACUGAGGAAACUGCAGAGGACCCAAAUAAAAACAAUAAUAUCAAUAUGUAUAGUCCGAAUGAAUUACUGUUGGGUCUCAAGAGCAGGACUGGAAAACAAAUAAAAAAUAUCAUAUUUGGUAACAAUAGCUAAGUAUUUCCUCCUAGCAUAUAACACUAUAGGGACAUUGAGUAAAUGUAAGUUUCUGUUCAAAUUAUACUGUAUGUUUGUUAAAAUGCUAUAAAUAAAGUAGAGAAGAAAAACAUCAA